AUGGACUCAUAUGAUAACUAUGCCUCCCCCGGCGUAAAGCGUGAGAUGGAAUCAUUCUCCGGGCGAGCACCGGCUGAAUACCGACGCCGGUCACCAGCUUCACAAGAUCGCCGCCGAGGCCGUGGCCGCUCCCGGUCCCCCAUGAUUGACCGCUACGAACCAUCCGAUCAUACCCGCCGAGAUGACUUUUACGAUAACUCUCGCGAGCAUGCUGCUCGCGAGCGCGAGGAUCGCCGACGCCCGCCUUCUCCCAAUGUUAUCAACAUCGAUCGCUAUGUACCUGGCCAGGACGCGGGCAAGCGACCACUCCCCGUCAACCCGCUUACAAAUCCACACAGUCUCGAUUUCACAGCGGGGUUCACCUUCUUCGCGGAAUGGUGGAGAGCCGAAAAAAAGAUCAACGAGGAAAAAGAACGAGCAAAAAAUGGCGGGCGUCACCCAUCUGAUCGAGUAAAAGGAGAACGUGAGGCCCGUGAUGAUCGAGAGAAGGAGCGCUCGCAGAUCCAGGAAGCCUACGAUGCAUACAAGAUGGAUCUCCAGGUCAAGCUGGGACGCCAAUUCGUUCAGCAACACCGAAACGAAGAAUGGUUCAAGGAGCGCUACGUGCCGGAAGUGCGAGAUCGCCUGCGUAGCCAGUUCAUGGAAUUCCGGAAAGGUGCAUACGACCAAUGGGAACGCGACAUUCGUGCCGGUACGUUCGAUGAUUUCACUCUUGAGGGUAUCUACAAGAAUGAAAGCGACGGUGCUGGUGGUGUAAUUGAGAAAGAGGAAGGCGAAACGACCGCUGUGGGCGAGACCAUGGGAGUUACCGACCUGCUGCCCGUCCGAGGAGGCGAACUCCGCGACGAGGCCCUGUCUCAACCUACUCUGCUCAUCAAGACCUUGGCCCCCAAUGUCUGUCGCGAUAACAUUGUGACUUUUUGCAAAGAUCACCUCGGAGAGGGUGACGGUGGUUUCAAAUGGCUCAGCCUCAGCGACCCCAACCCGUCCAAGAAGUUCCACCGUAUAGGUUGGAUCUUACUCAACCCUGCCGCUGAAACUGUGGCUGUGGAUCGAGGAGAUGGCCGCGAGGAAGAAGGCGAAGAGAUGGACACUAAAGCCGGCAAUACCCUCGGCACAGCGGAGAAGGCCCUGGAAGCAGUCAAUGACAAGACCAUCCAUGACCCAAUUCACGGUGACUUCGUCUGCCAUGUGGGUGUGCAUGUUCCACCCUCACAGCCACGCAAGAAGGCACUUUGGGAUUUGUUCUCCGCACCCGAGCGAAUUGAUCGUGAUCUCGAUCUUGCUCGCCGAUUGGUUUCCAAGCUUGAUACCGAGAUGGGGCAGGGCGUUGAUGGAUUUGCCAAGAUUGAGGAGCGAAUUGAAGAUUUGCGCGGCAAAGGUUGGCUGCAGCCACCGGUCACUGGACCUGUGAGUAUCAAGAAGCAGUCUAACGGAUAUGAUGAGGAUGGCCCUGACGAAGGUGAGAUGGAGGAGGGUGAAGAGAAGGAGACAUCUGAAGAAGAUGAGGUGGAUGACGAGGACCUCCUGGCGAAGAAGAAAAAACUUGACUUGAUGGUCGAAUACCUACGCCGAGUUUACAACUUCUGCUUUUUCUGUGUUUUUGAGAGUGAUUCGGUUCAUGAGCUUGGUCGCAAAUGUCCCGGAGGGCAUCUUCGUCGCCCACGAUCUGGCCUUUCUACCCAGGCUAAGCUAGUCGCCCGCGCUUCUGCUUUGGGACAGCCAUUUCCUGUCAAGAAGAAGGAGGCCAGUGAAGAGGGUGAAGAUCGAAGCUCGCCGGUUGCGGAGAAGCGGCCACAGCGACCUAGCAAGUCAGAACAGCAACUACAACGUGCAUACAAUUGGGUGAAGACAUUCGAGGAUAAAUUGCUGCAGAUCUUGGAGCCUGAGAAUGCCGACCUGCGCAAACUUGGAGGCCGGCCUGUGGAUCAAGCCUUGGAAGAGGAAUUAUCUAAAUAUGUGAAACAGGAGGAUGACUCGCGCUACCGCUGCAAGGUUCCUGAGUGUACGAAGUUAUUCAAGGCCGAGAACUUCUGGCACAAACACAUUGAAAAGCGCCAUACAGAGUGGUUAGCCGCCAUUCAACGAGAGCUGUCUCUUGUGAAUGCAUACGUCUUAGACCCCGCGCGCAUUGCUCCUUCGCGGUCUGACACGAACAGCAAUGGCCAUUUCCCUAUGGCCGGUGGUGGCCAGAGUGGCACUCCACGUGGCUUCAGCCUUGCCAACGUGCCUUACAUUGGCAAUCCCGGGGGCCUCCCUGCGGGAUUCCCCACCAACGGAAUGCCUGGUCUUGUAGGACCCACUGGUACCUGGAAUGGAAACAUGCUCAUGUCAGGUGAUGCAGGCAUGCACCAGCCAGGUGUCAUGCGCCGUGGUCCAAACCGUCAUAACAAUCGUUCCGGGCCAUACGACCGUCGCCGAGGCUACAAUAGCGGCCCUACUGGGCGAUUGAGCCCCGUUCGGAUGCCCAGCAUGUAUGGAUCUGGUGGGCGCCUCCCCCCAGUCGGAAUCUCAGUUCCUCCUGGUCACCCGGCUGCCAACAUGGUGCCUACUAACAACACCUUUCCUGAUGCAAUGGGCGCUGGCGGUGGUUCCCAAGCCAUGCCUCCACGUGAAGCGGUCCAGGGCCGUAGCCUCAAGAGUUAUGAGGACCUGGAUGCCGUUGGUGGCUCCGGUAGUGGAGAGCUGAACUAUUAG